UCAGCAAGGGAGGAUUCUGAUGGCCAACCUGUAAAUCAGCCAUCAAAGAUUCAAGGUAGACAAGUUCAUCUGACACUUCAUGAGUCAAACAGAACAUGGGGGGAGAAUCAGAGAAUGAAAAUGGAGGAAUCUGUUUUAAUGACAGAGCUUGAAGUGAAUUAUGUGAAGGUAAUUCACCAAACGAUAUUCAAGGUUUUCAAAAAUCAAGGGAAAAAACUGGAACAAACUGAACUACAGUUAAAGGCAUCCAAGACUGACUUGGAAAGAGUCUUACAACAAUUAGAAACAAUCAGAGAAAAAUCUGGUCUCCUAGAAAAUAAAAAAGACCUUGAUAUGAAAGAAUCACAGAUGCAACAAAUAGAAAAACAACUGCUACAAAUAACCAAAUACAUUGAAGAGAAACAGAAUCAGCUUGAGGAGAAAGACACACAACUGGAGGAUAUGAGCAAACAGAUCAGCGAGAAAGAGAAACUGCUGGAGAGCACAAUCAAAGAGAUGGAAACCAGUAAACAACAACUACAGACACUGAGACAGGAGCAAAUGAGACAGCAGGAAAUGCUGGAGAAGAAAGAACAGUUGAGGAUUUCAGAGUUUAAUGAAAAAUCCAAAUGUCUUGAAGAAACAAAAUCUCUUCUAGAAGAAAGAGAUGGAAAGAUUAAAGAUCUGGAGAAAGAGAAAGACAGACUUGAUGAAGAACUUCAAGACAAAGACAGACGUCUUAAGGACAUUAAUGCCAAACUGAUGCAAACAGUCAGAGAGGUUGAAAAGAAACAGAAUCAGCUUCAGGGGAAACACACACAACUGGAGAACGUGCACAAAAUGAUGAAUGAAAAAAUGAGACGCCCAGAGAACAAAUCGAAAGAUCUGGAAGCCAGUAAAUGUCAACCAGAGGAACAGGAAACUAAAGGCACACAUCUGGAGAAAUAACAGCUGUGUAUGAGCCAGAUUUUUUAAAUACUACGGUGGCAGCUCCAUUUUAAGGACAUCCAUUUGGGGUAGUGCUUUUUAAAAUAAUUGCAAUGUUUCUGGUUGUGUUUAUUUUGGUGAUAUGUGUAUUUCAUUUGUGGGUUGUUUUCAUACUUUAUCUGCUACUGUGCCUUUCCUAUAAAAUCUCAGUCAAUGUGGUGUUUAAUCGUAAAUGUGUGUGUAUCUCCCACUGAUCUAUAUAAAUGACAGUGGUGCGUCUCCUUUUAUUUUACUUUUGUUCAUGUAACAGGGUCAGAUGACAUUCCUGAGUUCAGGGCAUUCCUUCAAGUCACUGGUUGUGUAAAUGGGGUAGCAGCUGUUUAGUUUACUUGUUAACUAGUUUAAUAGUUGACCCAGAAGUUGGCUAUGCAAAAAGCAGCAUAAACUACCCUUUGAAAAUAGGCUGAACCCUAAGUUUAAUGAAAUCAAAACGCCAAGCGUUUAGGGUGAACCCGAUGAAAAUGAAUAACUAAGCAUUUUUAAAUGGUAGCACUUACUGUAUCACUGGUUGUAUCUUGCACAGUUUAAAAUUUAGGGUACAGGACUAAAGGCAAACCUUUUUGCUUUUCACUGCUCCCAUAGUGUGUGAUUGCA